AUGCAACGUCCACCUUUACCAACUCCAAAUCGUAAUCGUUCACGUCCACAACAAACCCCGACAUCUCAUCAACGUGGUCUUGUUCGUUUCAGUACACCUAAAGCCUCACCACGUCGUUCUCCCGCUACCCAAAUAACUCAAUCAAACAAUGGGACUCUGUGGGAAUCCUACGGUGUCGAUGAAAACUCUCUGACAAUACGUUUUCUAUAUUCAAACCUUCUUUUACUCGGUAUUGAAUGUUCACCUAUAUUCUGUCGAUAUCGAACCGGUCAACAGCAACAGCAAAUUUCCAUCGAUGAACUUGCCAAUUCCACUGAAUUGAUUCGACUUGUCACCCAUUUUCUUCUUCUAACAUAUCUGUCAGAUGCACAACAAGCUCAAUAUUCACGUGAUACAACUCACUGUUUUCCACCAAUGGCAAUCGAUAAGCAACAAGAAUUCAAUCGCAUUGUGAAACAACAUUUCAAAUCAUUGUCUGACAUUUAUCAACAAUAUCCAUGGCCACAACUGAUUCCGGUUCCAUCAUGUUCACCACGUUACUUCAUUUGUUUAUUUUAUCUCUCCCAAAUAUGUCUGAUAUAUCGAUUAGAACCAGUCGAUGUUCAAGAACGAUUUUUCACUACUGAAAACUUUCUCAAUAUGGAUUUAACAAAAGAACGUCUCAAGCGACAAGUUCGAAUGGUCAAAGCAGAUACUCAACGACAUUAUAUGAUGUUGUUUAGCAAAAUUGCCAAUGAGAAACGUGAACGAAUUGAAUAUGAAAAGACGAAAAAUGAAUUAGAUGAACGAAUUAACAAAUUAAUUGAUUAUCUCGAAAAGAUUAAACAGAAAACAGAAAUUAUCGACGGUUCAUUUGAUCAAUCACAAAUCAUUGAUGACAAUCAAUUUGAAAUCUUUUCGAAUUUAGUUCAAGAUCUUCAUACAAGAAUCAAUUCAGAUACUUACAAUAAACUAGAAUGGUUCAUUAAACAUGGACUAUCAACAUCUUUGCCAUCAAUGGGCGUUGAUAUUGGUCUAUUACCAACAACUCAUCAACAAAUUCACGAUCUUGUCAACAAACAAGAAAACAUAUCGGGUCGAAUCAGUCGUUUAUAUCCAAAAUUCACCGAAACAACAACAUCAUCAUCAUCGCACUCAACAAAUGUCAGUUUAACUGAUUUCAUCCAAGCAGCAAGUAUUUGCUUAGAAAAGCGUCUAGCAUCUCACACAUCUUCCGACGAGAAUUUUGCAAAACUUAAAUUAGCUCUUGAACAAAUGCACACGAUUAUCGAACGAACCGAACAAGUCCACAAAACAUUAGACCAUUUAGAACAUUUACCAAAACACAUCAGUCGAGGUUCUAUCGAUCAACCUGAACAAAAGACACCAUUCGAUCAUAUCGCAACACGAUUUUAUCUUUCAAUCGAUUGUGGACAACAAGCGAGAGAAAUCUUUCGUGAACAAAUGAGUAAACAAACGCCAAGUUCGUUUGUGACUUGUUGUAACACAAUUGCAACACUAAGUGCCGAUGAUUCAACAAGUGAUUUCAUGAAUGAUGAUACAACAAUCAUUCGCUGCCAAGUUUCAACAGCCAAAUCUGUGUUACCAAAUACAGAUGAAGGAAUGUUGAAAGGUUUAGAAUGUCUUUUACUCAGUGAACCAACAUCUACAGGUGGAGCGACAACAAUAUCGAAUGAAGAUGAAUCCUUUCUUAGUCUUGAACGAGAAUGUCGAAUGGAAUCGGAAACUUUACUUGAUCAAUCACAAGCGAAGACUAUUGUCGAAGUGAAUGUGAAUUUCGAUGAGAAAAUGGAAGAUGAUUAUGCAGAAAAAGAAAAUGUUACACCAAUGCAAAUCAAUUUGCAGAAAAAUGAUACAAUAUUCGAUAAACUUGAUGAUAAUAUUCAUUUCAUUUCUCCUAUUAUCUCAGUACCACUUGGACAACAAGAACCUAUUAUGCCGAAAUUACUCGAACAAAUUGAUACAAUUGAUCCUUAUUAA